UCUUAUAAGCAUAAAAACCAUUGUCACCCUCAUCCAAGAACCUUGAAACGGAAAAUACUAGGAAACCCAGAAGGGGAAAUGACAAAAAGCCCAGUGGAGUCGGUUGUUGCCGAGCUCGAAGGAUCGCUUCUGAAGGACCCCGACGCUUACUCCUACUUCUUGUUGGUGGCAUUCGAGGCCUCGGGUUUGUUUAGGUUUGCAGUGUUGCUGAUGUUAUGGCCGGUGAUUCGCUUGCUGGAAAUGAUGGGGAUGGGAGACGCCGGGCUGAAGUUCAUGAUCUUUGUUGCUGUCGCAGGCGUUCGUGAAUCCGAGAUCAGAUCGGUGGCGAGGGCUGUUUUGCCAAAGUUUUACAUGGAUGAUAUUGAUAUGGAGGCAUGGAAGGUGUUUAGCUUCUAUGACAAAAGAGUUGUGGUGACUAAGACGCCGAGGAUUAUGGUUGAGAGGUUUGUGAAGUAUCAUUUGCGAGCUGACGAGGUUGUCGGAAGCGAACUUGUUGUGAACCGUUUUGGGUACGCAACGGGGUUCGUCAACGAUGAUAUUCGUCCUCUAUCCGAUCGGGUGGCAAAGUUGUUUGUAGAUGAACCACCACGUUUAGGCUUAGCAAGGCCUGGUUCUUCAUUCUUAUCGCUAUGCAAGGAACAAAUGCAGCCACCAUUCAUGGCCGACCAAAAGUAUAACCACCAAGUCCUCCGCCCGCUCCCGGUGAUCUUCCACGAUGGCCGCCUAGUGAAGCGCCCAACACCAUCCACCGCCCUCUUAAUCCUCCUAUGGAUGCCCUUAGGCAUCUUACUUGCAAUAAUCCGCAUUGUUAUGGGCAUGGUGCUACCAAUUAGUGCUAUUCCCUACAUGUCACGACUGUUCGGCAGCAAGGUUAUCGUCAAAGGCAAACCACCCUCGCCGGCAUCCGGUGCCAACACGGGAGUACUAUUUGUGUGCACUCACCGGACCCUAAUGGACCCCGUCGUCCUCUCCACCGUACUCGGACGAAAAAUCCCAGCCGUGACGUACUCCAUCUCUCGAUUCUCAGAGAUCUUAUCGCCAAUUCCUACCGUUAGGCUAACCAGAAUCCGUGAAGUCGACGCGGAAAAAAUCAAGCGAGAAUUAUCCAUCGGAGACCUGGCGGUUUGCCCGGAAGGAACAACAUGCCGGGAACCCUUCCUUUUGAGGUUCAGCGGGCUGUUUGCUGAGCUAACGGAUCGGAUUGUUCCGGUGGCCAUGAAUUACCGUGUUGGGUUCUUCCAUGCAACGACGGCUAGGGGCUGGAAAGGGCUGGACCCCAUUUUCUUCUUCAUGAACCCGAGGCCAGUGUACGAGGUAACUUUCUUGAACCAGUUACCGGCAGAAGCCACGUGUUCGUCUGGGAAAAGUCCGCAUGAUGUUGCAAAUUACGUGCAAAGAAUCUUGGCUGCUACGCUAGGGUUCGAGUGCACGAACUUUACAAGGAAGGACAAGUACAGGGUGCUGGCUGGAAAUGAUGGGAUUGUAUCUUAUACUUCCUUUCUUGAUCAAAUUAAGAAGCUGGUGACAAAUUUCAAGCCAUUUAUUCACUAAGACAAUAUAUAUCAGGAUAUAUAUGAGAUUGAUUUCUCCAUUUGCU